CACUCCAAAUGCGGAGAUUACUAUAAGCUAUACAGACAUGCACGAGUAGAUAUAACGCUAGCAUGCUUAGUCAAUUGAUCAAUUAGCAAGUAUCGGAAAGGUCAAUUCAUUAAAAGACUGUGCGACUGUUAUUACUGGGCCAUGAAUAUGAGUAGCUUACGGCUAGAAAUCUGGUGGCUGUACUGUCUUAGGGCGGCCCAUAUCACUUAUCAAGUGAAUUGCAAGGUGACAUGACGUAAGGCGUUCAUUACCCCACCUCUAUAAGCACUUUUACUGUACACUUAUUACCUGGCGACCGCAUCUCGCAUCCGCAAAAACAAACCGAAUUACAAAGAGUACGCCUACCGUUCCUAGUACAAUCACCAAUGGCUCUUCCCCCAAAGUUUGCAGGUCACAGAUUGCGGGCCGGUACUGAUCAGCACCCGCAACACACACUUGAACUCUAUCUUGACUAUGCUUGUCCGUUCUCCGCAAAGAUGUUCGAUACGUUCUACAGCUCAGUCAAAUCUACACUUGCAAGUCAAUACAGGGGCAAACUGCAGGUCAUUUUUCGCCAACAUAUCCAACCCUGGCACCCAUCAUCAACAUUGAUGCACGAAGCGGGGGCAGCUGUUCUGAGAGUCGCCCCCGAGAAAUUCUGGGAAUUCAGUGCCGCUUUGUUCAAACAACAGAAGGAUUUUUUUGACGUCAGCGUGGUUAAUGAAACACGCAAUAGAACAUAUGAAAGAUUGGCAAAGGUUGCCGGACGUGUUGGAGUGGAGGAGCGGGAGGUGCUCAAGCUUUUGACUGUUAGCGACAAAGCUAGUGACAACGGGGAACUGAAUACUGGUAACGAUGUCACCGAGGAUAUCAAGAAAAUGGUCAAAGCAGACCGUGCUGUGGGAGUCCAUGUUUCUCCGACCGUAUGCUUCAAUGGUAUCGAAGAACCGGGGAUCAGUAGCAGCUUUACUGCUACCCAGUGGGGGCAAUGGUUGGCCAAGAACGUGAUCUGAAACCCCCUUCUAGACAAAGCAUCCUGCAAAUAGAAUAUAUGAGGGUGAAGCACAGUAGGACGGUCCUUAGGGUGGCAGUGCGUGGUGGCUUAGGCGACAAACGAGGUAUCUUCUAGCAGCAUUGAAUUAUAUUUCUUGUCGAAACUUCAUGCAAGAAGCACCUGAUUGCCUAAGAACAAUCUGACUUAAGCAUACUCCUCACCUUAUUUCGCGGCCAUUUGCUCGUCCAAGCAAUGGGGAAAUGAGAAGAGAAAGGCUAAUAUUGACCAUCGAACUCGAGGUAUAUUUACUGUGACAUUGGGGGCUGGUAGUUGAGGGGGCGC